AAGCCUUAUGAGAUAUACACGCCUUCAUCAUAGAAUCUUAAAACCUGAAACAAACAAACCCAAAAAUCUCUAUGCAUUCAACAUAACAGAAAACAACCCAUUUUCUCUCUUCCUUCUCUGAUUUUGCUUGUUUUAUGAAAAGAAAUCAAAUGGGAGAUCAUUAUGAGAAGAAAGCAGUAGGUGGAGGAGGGUGGGAACAAACAACACCCAGAAGGAAUAACUCAUCUUACUUCAAUAUUGGUGGUAUUAGAAAUCUAAUAACAUGGUUUUUCAUUGUCUGUUCAUUGAUUUAUAUUCUUUAUUCAUCUAAUCUUCUUCUUACUAAUGAGCAACAAGGUUGUGUUUACACAACUAGCACCAUCUCAUCAUCAACUGAUGUCGCAGCAGCAGUUGUUGAUGAUGACCCAACAACAACAACCCUUUCUUCUGCUUUCACCAACUCAUCUUCCGAUUCUCUUGUAUCUCUCAAGCAAGAUGUAGAAGAAGAAGAUGGAGAUAAAACUCGGUUAAUGCAGACCAGUAUAACUCGUUUUGAUGACACACAGCUAAAACAUGUAUUCUUUUGUAUUGCUGCAUCAUCAAAGUUAUGGGAACAAAGAAAAGAAUAUAUAAAACAGUGGUGGAGGCCUAGAGUUACAAGAGGAAUUGUUUGGUUAGAUAAAAGAGUUAGAACUAGAAGAAAUGAGAAUUUACCAGAGAUUCGUAUAUCUGGAGACACGAGGCGAUUUCAUUACUCGAACAGGCAAGGUUCAAGAUCAGCUCUGAGGAUAUCAAGAGUUGUUUCAGAGACACUGAGGUUAGGUUUGAAAGAUGUAAGAUGGUUUGUGAUGGGAGAUGAUGAUACUGUCUUUUUUGUAGACAAUGUAGUCAGAGUGCUUUCGAAAUAUGAUCAUAGGCAGUAUUACUACAUUGGGAGUUCUUCUGAAAGCCAUGUUCAGAAUAUUUUCUUUUCGUAUUCAAUGGCUUAUGGUGGAGGUGGGUUUGCUAUUAGUUAUCCUUUAGCAGUUGCGUUAGAGAAGAUACAGGAUCGGUGUAUGAACCGGUAUCCUGGGUUGUAUGGUAGUGAUGACAGGAUCCAGGCUUGCAUGGCUGAGCUCGGCGUACCCCUCACCAAAGAGACCGGCUUUCAUCAGUAUGAUGUGUAUGGAGACCUAUUGGGUUUAUUGGCUGCUCAUCCUGUUGCUCCACUUGUUUCGCUGCACCAUCUAGAUGUGGUUGAUCCUAUAUUCCCUAAAAUGAAAAGAGCUAAAGCUGUAGAACAUCUUUUUGAAGGCACGCAGUUUGAUUCAUCGAGUAUAAUGCAACAAUCAAUCUGUUACUCCAAGAAACACGCAUGGUCGAUUUCAGUUUCUUGGGGAUAUGUUGUUCAGAUAUUAAGAGGUGUAAUGUCACCAAGAGAACUCGAAAUGCCAACAAGAACGUUUCUGAAUUGGUACAAAAGAGCUGAUUACACUGCAUAUGCAUUCAAUACUAGACCUGUAACUAAACAUCCAUGUCAGAAACCUUUCAUUUACUAUAUGAGUACUGUUCGAUACGACAGAGCUAAGAAACAAACUAUUAGUGUUUACAUUCGUAGAAAAGAACCACACCCGUAUUGCAGGUGGAAAAUGGAGUCUCCAGAGAAAAUCGAAUCAAUUGUUGUCAUUAAAAAGCCAGAUCCACUUCGUUGGCGCAGAGUAAGCUUCUUCUGUAUAGACACCUGCAUCCAUCUCUACUGUCAUUGCUGUUUGUUAACUUUGAUUUUGAUUUGCAUUCUGUUGUUUCUGCUGCAGUCGCCGAGAAGAGAUUGCUGUAGAGUUCUGCCUAUGAGUAAAAAUAAGAGCUCGACAAUGUACAUAGCUGUGGAGCAAUGCCGGCCAGGAGAGAUUAGUGAUUUUUAGCGAAGGAAAAACAGGAACAGAUUUUUGAAACACUGAACUAUGUUAACUGAAUCCAAAUCGAAAACUCGGGUUUGUUUACAUUGAUAUUGUCAGAAAACCCAAUUGUCAGAUUUGGAAAAAAGGUUCUCAGAGCACAAUGAAAUGUUCGAUUUAACACUACUGUUUCAUUACUAACACAAUGCUGAAAUUUCAAUUCUGAAUGAAUAGCAAUUCAAAGAAACAAACAGAUU